GCCGUGGACAACGACCACUUGGACGUGGCCAAGUGGCUGCACGAGCACGCCCCGCACCAAAGCGCUGACAUUGCGAUGGACAAAGCGGCGGCCAAUGGACACUUGGACAUGGUCAAGUGGCUGCACACGAACGGGUUCAAGUGCUCGGUGGCCGCCAUGGACGCGGCCGCAGCCAAUGGCCACCUCGAGAUGGUGCGAUGGCUUCAUGAAAACUGCACGGCCGGCUGUACAGCGCACGCGAUGGAUCUCGCAGCAGGCCGUGGCCACUUGGACGUGCUCAAAUGGCUGCAUCGGAACCGGUCGGAAGGGUGCACC